AAUGGUUUUUUGGUUCUAUUUAUAUUUUAUAGUGGCUUAUUAUUUAGUUAUAAUUUCUUAUAUAAUACAUAUUUUUACUGUAUCAACAAGUUGAUUUAAUGUAUUUAUUGGCAUAUGUGAAGGAUAUCGGGAAACUAAGAGUAUUUAAACUAAAUUUUUAAAUCAAUCUAAAGGUUUAUUAUUAUUAAAUAUAUAAGACAAAAAUCAUUUAGUAAGAGAUGUGCAAUAUGUUUAGCAAUCAAAAGUUUUAUAGAAAAAAUCUCUUAAUACCUUACUUGAUUUCUUUUGGACAACAACACUUUAUUUCACGAGCAAAAUUUGAUAUUCGAUAUGUAAUUUACUGUUUUAAAAUUUUUAAAUAUUUUUAAUUUACUUUUGAUGUUAUUUAAUAAAUAAAGAAAUCUGACACAAUGCAAUGAAUUUUCGAAGAAAAAAUAUUCUUUUCUUAAUAUGAUAUCAAAAAGAUUUGUUUCCUAAUAAGAAAAUUUGUCUUAAUGACUUCCCGCUUUUAACCAUAAUGCAUCAAAAUUAUUUAGUAUUAAUAUGUUUUCUAUGGGUUUUCAUGUAAUACAAGGCUGGUUUAUAUCAUUUUCUAAACGUCCUACCAAAAAAAAAAAUAUCAUUUUCUAAACGUACUUGUAAAUACAUCAAAUUAUUUAGUAUUUAGUAUUACUCUCUGUCUCUAUCUCUUAUCCAACUCUAUAUAUAGUUUCUCUUUCUUGGUUUUUCUUAUCAUCGAACUUUCUAUUCAUCUCCUCUCUCUAUUCUCUCUCCCUCUCGCUCUCAGUCUUCAGACCAGAAACAAGAUACAGUCAGUGUCUCAAAAUACCAUGAUGGUUUCUCUGCUUACAAUGUCGAUGAGUGGUGCUCAAACAUGGCCUCAGGCCCAUACUGAUUUAGGCUUUGGGCCCAUCAAAAGACAGCCGAAGAUUAAAUGCACGGUGCAUAUCGACGUAACGGAAUUACCCUUGAAACGGCCUUCAUUCACACCCAGAACCACCGCGACGCCACCGCGGCAUAAUCCUCUCCGGCUAAACAUCUUCCAGAAAGCAGCGGCGAUUGCGAUCGAUGUGGCUGAGCGAGCGUUGAUCUCACGUGAGCAAGAUACUCCUCUUCCCAAAACCGCUGAUCCACGUAUUCAAAUCGCCGGGAAUUAUUUCCCGGUGCCGGAAUUUCCCGUCCGAGAGUGUCUCGACGUUGAAGGAACAAUCCCUGACUGCAUUAACGGAGUUUAUGUCCGUAACGGUGCAAAUCCGAUGUUCGAGCCAAUCGCUGGGCAUCAUUUGUUCGACGGAGACGGAAUGGUUCACGCAGUUAAAAUAACCAACGGUUCAGCAAGCUACGCAUGCCGGUUUACUAAAACCGAGAGAUUAAUUCAAGAAAAACGAUUGGGUCGACCGGUUUUUCCGAAAGCAAUCGGCGAGCUUCACGGCCACUCGGGAAUCGCACGUCUGAUGCUUUUUUACGCACGUGGGCUUUGCGGCCUCGUCAACAAUCAAAACGGCGUCGGGGUAGCGAACGCCGGUUUGGUUUACUUCAAUAACCGGCUUUUAGCAAUGUCAGAAGACGAUUUACCGUACCAAUUAAAAAUAACUCAAACCGGCGACCUCCAAACCGUUGGGCGUUACGAUUUCGACGGUCAGUUAAAAUCAUCGAUGAUCGCCCACCCGAAACUCGACCCGGUUACAAAGGAGCUCCACGCGCUAAGCUACGACGUCGUUAAAAAGCCUUACCUGAAAUAUUUCAGAUUCUCGCCGGACGGCGUUAAAUCACCGGAGCUGGAGAUCCCGCUCGAGACUCCGACGAUGGUUCACGAUUUCGCUAUAACGGAGAAUUUCGUGGUGAUUCCGGAUCAGCAAGUCGUGUUUAAGCUAGGGGAGAUGAUCGCCGGAAACUCUCCGGUGAUUUUCGACGGCGAAAAGGUUUCGCGAUUGGGGAUAAUGCCGAAAGACGCGACGGAGGCUUCCGAGGUAAUCUGGGUGAAUUCGCCGGAGACAUUCUGUUUCCAUCUCUGGAACGCGUGGGAAUCGCCGGAGACGGAGGAAGUGGUGGUGAUCGGGUCGUGUAUGUCGCCGGCGGAUUCUAUCUUCAACGAGAGAGACGAGAGCUUGAGAAGCGUCUUGACUGAGAUCAGGAUAAACCUCAGGACGCGUGAAGCCACGCGACGCGCGUUGCUGGAUGACGAUGUGAAUUUAGAAAUCGGUAUGGUUAACCGAAACCGGUUAGGUAGAAAAACCCGGUUCGCGUUUCUGGCUAUCGCUGAUCCUUGGCCAAAAGUUUGCGGUUUCGCCAAGGUUGAUCUUUGCACCGGUGAAAUCGAAAAGUACAUUUACGGCGGCGAGAAGUACGGAGGAGAACCGUUUUUCUUGCCCGGUGGCACCGUUGACGGUAAGGGAGGAGAAAAUGAAGAUGACGGUUACAUAUUCUCUCACGUCCACGACGAAGAGAAAGAGACGUCCGAACUUCAGAUUAUUAACGCCGUUAAUUUAAAGCUUGAAGCUACGAUUAAACUACCGUCUAGAGUACCGUACGGGUUUCAUGGUACAUUUGUGGAUUCAAGUGAACUCGUGGAUCAAUCAUAAUAAUUAUUGUACUUGUUAAUGAUUUUAAAAAGUAGAUAUAGGUUAAGAUUCUAACAAUUUGUACCAGUUUUAUAACGAAUGGUUAUAGAUUGUAUUUGCCUUUUGUUUGGACGUGAUACAUUCAAAAUAAA